UGUUGGUGACGCAGGUCGUCGACUUAAAUAUCGAGCUCCGUCGUCUUCUGGACAAUUCAGCGCACGAUUGAGAUUCUGAAGAUCUCCUAUUUUAUCAAUUCUGUUUCUUUUUAUCCCACCUUAAUUCUCUGACAGUUGCGCAAUGCAUCCAUCCAUGCUCCGCAUGGCCUCGCGCCACCUUCAAUCGGCAACCCGCCGCUGCCAGACUCCUGCGUCGGUCCGGGGGUUUGCGACGGCGUUCAAUUGGGAAGAUCCGCUGGCGGCAUCGGAACUGUACACGGCGGAGGAAUUGGCCAUCCAGGACACGGCCAGACAAUACUGCCAGGAACGCCUGCUCCCUCGAGUCCUCGAUGCCUACCGCCACGAAAACUACGACCGCAAGAUCUUGGAGGAGAUGGGAGAGUUGGGUCUUCUGGGUGCCAGCAUCGACGGAUAUGGCUGCGCAGGGGCAAGCACCGUCGCCUCCGGGUUGAUCACCAAGGAGGUCGAGCGCGUCGAUUCCGGGUAUCGAUCUGGCAUGUCGGUGCAGAGCUCGUUGGCGAUGACGGCCAUCCAUGAUUUCGGAACACAGGAGCUCAAGGACCGACUGCUCCCGGGCCUGGCCAAGGGCAAGCUCGCAGGCUGCUUCGGCCUGACCGAACCCAACCACGGCUCGGAUCCUGGAUCCAUGGAGACGGUUGCUCGCGAGCAUCCGACAAAGAAGGGCUACUAUCUCCUGUCGGGCUCCAAGACCUGGAUCACCAACUCCCCCAUCUCCGACGUCCUGAUCGUGUGGGCCAAGCUGGACGGCAAGAUCCGCGGCUUCGUGGUGGAACGUGACCAGUGCCCCCCGGGUACCCUGGAGACCCCCGCCAUUAAGAACAAGACCGGCCUGCGGGCAUCCAUCACGGGCAUGAUCCAGUUGGACGACUGUCCCGUGCCGGUGGAGAACAUGUUCCCCGAGGUGCAGGGGCUGACGGGACCGUUCACCUGUCUCAACAGCGCGCGGUUGGGCAUUGCCUUUGGGGCCAUGGGCGCCCUCGAGGACUGUCUCAGCCGGGCGCGCACCUACGCCCUCGAGCGGAAGCAGUUCAAGGGCAACCCGCUGGCCAAGUACCAGCUGAUCCAGAAGAAGCUGGCGGACGCGGCCACGGACGCGGCGUACGGAACCCUGGCCGCCACGCAGGUCGCCCGGCUCAAGGACGAGGGCAAGUCCACGCCGGAGAUGAUCUCGAUGGUCAAGCGACAGAACUGCGAUCGGGCGCUAACGAAUUCCCGCAUACUGCAGGAGGUGUUUGGCGGUAAUGCAACCGCCGACGAGUACGGAAUUGCGAGACAUUCGGCGAAUUUGUUUGUCGUGCAAACGUACGAGGGGCAGAGUGAUAUUCACGCAUUGAUCCUGGGACGCGCCAUUACGGGGGUGCAGGCUGAUCCCCCCUCCUCCUGCUCUGCUGGCCCCGCAGGAGAGGAUCUGUUUCACUGGCAAGCGACGAUAAUGGGUCCUGGUGACUCCCCAUACUCCGGAGGUGUCUUCUUCCUCUCGAUCCACUUCCCUACCGACUACCCGUUCAAGCCCCCCAAGGUCAACUUCACCACUCGCAUCUACCACCCCAAUAUCAACUCGAACGGCAGCAUCUGCCUGGAUAUCCUCCGAGACCAAUGGAGCCCUGCUCUCACGAUCUCUAAAGUGUUGCUGUCGAUCUGCUCGAUGCUUACAGACCCCAACCCGGAUGACCCGUUGGUGCCCGAGAUCGCGCACGUCUACAAGACCGACCGUCCUCGGUACGAGGCGACCGCCCGCGAAUGGACCCGCAAAUACGCUAUUUGAUCUUCGCUUUCAACCUUCCACGGCCACCCCUCGAUCUUCCCAAUCGCUUCUGCGUCUUCUUUCGUUCGCCGUUAGAUCAGAUCCGAAGCCUGGCGUACCGUGAUCGUAGAUCCGUUGCUAUUUCGUGUUUUCACCAUGAACCUAUUUGCGCGUUGUCUUGAAAUUUAACUACCUUUUUUCUUUCCGGUGCCCUUUUCUUUUUGUUCUCCUAUCGGCAGGAGAUGUCAUAUCCAACGAUCAUUAUGACCAACAUGCAUUGAUGGCAUUUUCUUACUUUUUU